AUGGUUGAAUAUACUCACCCAGGGUGGCGGGAUGCUGCUCCCAACGAUAACACCACGAACAACCCAUUAAUAGCAACAAUGCCAACCUCAACCUCUAUACCAAUAUUCCCCGACAACAACAACAAUAACAACGACAUCGACAUGAACAAUAACCAGCCCCUCGUCGCAGACACCACCACCAUCGCCCCCAACGGCUAUUUUUAUAACCCUCGAGACGACGACGACAACGACUCUGCCCUGGGCGACGACAAAGCCAGCUCCACCACCUCCCUCAAUGAAAGCAUCUUCAACUACCAAUACGAGAAUGGCCGGCGUUACCACGCCUUUCGCGCGGGUGCCUACCCGUUGCCAAACGACGAGUUAGAGCAGGAUCGCAUGGAUAUGCAGCACCACAUUUAUCUGUUGCUGUUUGGAGGGGAAUUAUAUCGUGCCCCAUUACCACCAAAGAUAAACAGAGCGUUGGAUAUCGGCUGCGGCACAGGACUAUGGGCGAUUGACUUUGCAGACACAAGGCCCGAUACACAGGUCAUCGCGACGGAUUUGUCGUAUAUCCAACCAACAUGGAUCCCUCCGAAUCUACGCUUCGAGAUUGACGACGCAGAAGCAGAGUGGAAUUUUAAUCAACUAUCGUCGGACCACGACCAACAAAAAUUCGAUUAUAUUCACAUACGAAGCAUGGCGGGGAGUAUAGCCGACUGGCCCCGACUCCUGUCGCGGGCAUACAACAACCUCGCCCCAGGAGGCUGGAUAGAGCUCACCGAAUUCGAAACCUGGGCUUCUACAGACGACAACAGUCUCCCCCUCGACUCCGCAUAUCACGAAUACCAAGUGCGGCUCUGCGAAGCAGCGGCCUCAUUCGGCAAAGAAAUGAAUAUUGCGCCGCACAUAUACAACUUGGUCCGCAACGCGGGCUUUGCCAAUGUGCGCGAAGAAGUCCAGAAAUGCCCGCUGUCGCCUUGGCCAAAGGAUAAACGGCUGAAAGAGUUGGCCAUGUAUAUGAAUCUGCAGAUGAUGGAGUCGAUUGAGCCGUAUGGAUUAGCCCUGUUUUCGAGGGUGCUCAAGUGGGAUACCACGAGGAUAUAUGCCUUGUUGGAUGGGGUGAGGAGGGAUUUGAGGAAUUUGAAUUAUCAUAUGUAUUCUAGGGUGCAUUGUGUCUAUGGUCAGAAGCCGUAUAACUGA